AUGAAGAGCUUACUCUUGGUCCUUGUGGUCCUUGUCUUGCUCUUCUGUGUUCCAUCAGUUAGAAGUGGACCGAAUACAUAUAUAAGAACAGCAUUUUCUACAUGCUGGGGAGGAAAAGGUGUUUGCAGGAAAUUAUGUGGAGGAAGUGAAGACUAUCACAUUUUUUGUGAUGUUAGACGUCUGUGCUGCGUUAACAAAAAGCUUUUAGAUGUACGGGUUAGAAGGUAAUUGUGAGUAUCUGAGGCUCCUGCUGACUUCCUCUGGGACCCAGAUCCUUUUCAAUGGUGCUAUCCUAAUAAAAUGAUGGUUUUAGUC